GCGGUCUAACGUUGAAGAACCAACCCUUUAGAGAUGAUGUUCAAAGCCACAAUCUACUGCUGUCUGGCAGCAGCUGUUGUGCUGAAUUCUGUUCCCCGGACGGAUGCAACUUUGGAUUUUUUACUCGAUAUUUUUGAUUCGCUCUUCGGAGACAGCAGCGAGGAGACGGAGGAUAUGAUAAUCAAUACCAAACCGAACGCCACCGUGAUGGUAGUUUGCACUACCUCCUGUAAUCUGAACGUAAUGUGUGUCAAUUGCACGAAAAUAAACGGAGAAAUUAUGAAGCCUCCGAUGACGAUGCCCAGUAUGGAUGAUACGAUGAGCACACCAAGGAGCACAACUACGACUGUGAAAACGAUGACAGAUAAGCCACCGGAAAGUGUUUCCGAAGGUUCCUCGAAACCAGCAAACGGCGAAGAAAAUGAAAAACCUGCAAAUUCAACGAAUGGCGAGGAGCCUCCAACAAACAGCAGUUGACAUGUGAAAUAGUGAUACCCCAGAAUAACCAAAAUUCUUUAUUAAGUAAUGUGUCUUUCAUCUAUGUGUAAAAAGAAUUAAAAUUUAGUUAACGAA